AUGGCUGGAACUGAAAAUUCCAUUUUGUCGUGCGACCGAAAACUGCCAUGCCAACGAUGUGUAAGAUCGGGGUCGCCAGAGCAAUGCUCAUUCGAGGCGAAGACAAGGCCGCUACCUGUGUCAAACGACGAAUCCGCCCAACAGCAAGCUCGACGUAACAGCGAACAGAUUCGAGAUCUCCAAGCCCAAGUCGUUCAAUUGAAAGGAUUAUUCUCAGAAGCUCAUCCAGCGUACGAAGUUGAGAAUGGAGCAGACGUUUCGCAAGUCACUGGUUGCGCUGAGCCAUGUCAACCACUGUUCCUUAAUGAAAUUUCCAAAGACGACCAAGGUCCUAAGGAUGUUACUAAGUCCGAGCUCUCGGAUCCGAGGGAGAGAUCUCCGCAUGGGUACUAUGGUCAGCAUGCUCUAUUGCAAUUCUUUCAAGAAAUUCCACAACUCUUCCCAUUCAUCAAAGACAAUUCUGACGAGUACCUCAAACCUCUUGGGAUCCACCUCAAAAAGGAGAAACCAGUCAGAAAUGAGUACAAAACGAAUUCUCACAUUCAAAAUAAAAGCAUACUGGAAGGACUACUUCCGUGUAAGGACGACGCGGACUUCUUGGUGUCGUUCUAUUUCAAUCACUUCGAGCAACUCCAUCGUGUCAUCCAUGUCCCAACAUUCAAGAGAAAAUAUGCCAAUUUUUGGUUGCCAAACCGGCCUCGCUACCCUGCCAUGACAGCUCUUGUCUUAUCAAUGUUAUCUAUAUCGGCCUGUGAAUCUGUCAGCUUGAGUGAAAAGCCUACUCUGUCUACAUAUGGAAACAUGCCCGCACAGUGGAUAUCGGCAUGUGACGAGUGGCUGAGACAGCAGAGCUCAAAGAAUCGCAAGCUCGUGCACUACCAAAUCUCCUGCUUAACGUAUCUUGCAAAAAGAAUGAACAUGAUCAGGAAGAAAAGCUGGUGGAAAGAGACUGGCUCUUUGGUGCAGAACGCCAUCAUAGAUGGAUUACAUCGUGAUCCAUCUACAACUCUGGACACCCCAUACAUGAGAGAGAUGAAACGACGGAUCUGGGCCGUCCUUCGAGAACUAGAUCUCCAGAACGCCUUUGAGUUUGGGCUUCCUACCCUCCUUCAUAACGUCGACUCAAAUGUAUCUGCUCCCUCGAAUAUCGAUGAUGAGUUUGACGAAGCAUCGAACGAACUUCCUCUUUCAAAGCCUUCAAACCACUACACCUCUGCAUCAUACCAAUUCCAUAGCGCACGAAGCUUGAAACUACGUCUUGAGAUUUCUCGGCGCCUGUUUAGUCCCGGGUUAUCACUAGCGCUUACCUAUGAACAUGUCUUGCAAUAUACUUAUGCUCUGACGCAAGAGAUACAUUCCCUCCCACCUUGGGACAGCGGCGAAGAAGUCGAAGAUACGAACUCCCCAAGAUUGCGCAUCCUCACUUAUGCAUUUCUGCAAUUUCAGCUCCAGCAGUGUAUACUAGCUAUCCAUAGACCCUAUCUCCAGCGAGAUGACACCAAGUACUGGCUUUCAGAAAACGUCUCUUAUCAGAUAUCGCGAGAUAUACUUCUCAUGAACAGCAAGCUAGCGGGAUUAGGAAUUCAGAAGUUGACAUUUCUCAGAGAGGACCUCUUGCUGGCUUCGCUGAGCAUCACCCGUUUGACCUUACUGCAGCCCAAAGACUCCAGCAGCAUAAUCAUGGCCAGCUCUACAUCUACCAUUGAUCUCCUAGAACAAUGUCUUCCACUCAUGGAGGAGCGGUAUUUGCACUGUUUCUAUGGAGAGCCAUGGUGCUUCCUCACCAUGUGCGCAGCGACCAUGCUGGCCAAGAUACAUGUAGGGAGAGAGACAUGGCAAACAGCCAAAGCGUCAUGUGCACAGAGAUUCCUAGACUUGCAUUACCGGUGCAUUGGGAGACAACAGACGGCUCUGCUGAGUCAACAGCAUCAGGAUUCCGAAAUAAGUCAGAUUGAUGCUCUCGCGGCUAGCCAACAGGAAUACGCGCUUGACGCAACGAGUUUUCCGGCUUCAGAGUGGAUGGAUAGCAAGUUUCCCGAUAUUGGUAUGAAUUGUUUUGAUCUGGACAUGGAGUUUGAUAAUACAUGGGAAACCUAG